CCGGAAGCUGGCAAUGAGCUCUCCUAUGCCCUCUGCAGCCUGGAGGUGGAACUGUAGUUUUGAUCUCUGACCUGAAGCCUUAAACGUCAUGGCAAUUACAUAAAAUCUUUUUCUGGUUCUUGAACUUUAUUACUGGUCGUCGAAAUCUCCGAUCGGCAGUGCUGGAUUAUGGGGGACGCGGCGGUAACGAAGCGUCGGGAGCAGUUGACGCGUUGGUCGGGCUCCAGUACAGACAGAGAGCCUGCGGUGCCGCGGAGUCGCUGGAGAGGAGAGACUAGCACCGGAGCUCCUGAUGGAGGCAGAACAGGCACCAAUGAGCAGUAUAAAAAAAACAGGUUGCGGGUAAGAUUUGAGAAGACUGCAGAGUUCCUAGCAGUGUGCGCUAGUGGUGACACAGAGGAGGCAAAAGAGAUGCUGAGAGAAGUACGAAUAAUAAAUGGAGAUGAUGAUGUGGUCAACUGUGCCAAUGCAGAUGGAAUAACAGCUUUACACCAGGCCUGUAUUGAUGGCAGUAUGGAGAUGGUGGCAUUUCUUCUGUCUCAGGGUGCCAAUGUUAACCAAGUAGACAGUGAGGGUUGGACUCCUCUUCAUGUGGCUGCAUCCUGUGGAAACCUGGAGAUAACAGAAUUUCUGCUCCAGAAGGGUGCAUCUCUUUGCUCAGUGAACUGUGAUGGUGAUGUACCACUGGACAUUGCAGAGGAUGAAGCCACAGAGGCACUGCUGCAGGAACACACAUUAACAAAGGACAUGGAUGUGGAAGCAGCUAAGCGGGCAGAAGAGGAGUGGAUCAUGCAUGAUGCCCGCCAUUGGCUCACAGACGGGCUACCUGCUAGUAUUUGCCACCCCCGGACUGGUGCUACUCCCUUACAUGUAGCAGCAGCUAAAGGAUAUUUGGAGGCCAUUAAAUUGUUGUGUCAGUGUGGUCUGGAUGUCAGUGCUAAAGACUAUGAUGGCUGGACUCCUCUCCAUGCUGCGGCUCACUGGGGUCAGAGUGAGGCCUGCCGUCUGCUUGCUGAGCAGCUGUGUGACAUGGAGGCCCAUAGUAAUGGGGGUCAGACUCCAUUUGAUGUGGCGGACGAGAGUGUUGUAUCUUUACUAGAAGAGCUGUCUCAGAGACAGGCUAAUUGGAGGACUGAACAGGCACUUAUUGAGCAACAAAAUUCACAGUUCUCAAAUGCCAACACUGCGAGCAAGAAACGCAGGACCUCUGUGUGCCGGAUGAGCAGCAGGGACAAAAUAAAUGUACAGGACCAAUCUAAAGAACGAGGGGUCUCAGGUGGCCUGGAAAUAAACGAUGAGAGAGAAAGCAGCCCAGAAAGUUCAACAGUAUCGUCUCCAGAGAGCAUUGUUCCUUCUUCAGGGACCAUUGAGGAUAAAGAAGUGAAGGUGAAUGAUCAGGACAGAGCGAGUCGCACAGCAGUUGUGCAGCCCACCCCUCAGAGGCGAGAGUCACCUGCUGAGAGCCCCAGUAACGCCUCUGGUGAUGGAAAGAAGUUUCAGGCUCCAGUGAGAGACGAGGAAUCAGAGUUUCAGAGGAAAGCUCGCUCGCGUCUUAUGCGGCAGUCACGACGAUCAACACAGGGAGUAACACUGACCGAUCUUAAGGAAGCAGAACGGAGUAUUGUUAAGAGUAUUGAACCUCAGUACCUCAGUGUUCAGCCUGUGAGCCCCAACAUCACAGUAACACCAGCUGAGAGAGACACAGAGCCAGUGAAGGAAUCUGGAGAGGCACAGACAAGAUUAGGAGUGAGAGAUCGCAGGAAAGGGAGGAAAGAGAGACGCUCAACUGGCAUUGUUCAGGUGGCUGAAGAGACAGAGGAUAUGGAUGCAAAUGAAGACGCUGAUCAAGACAAGAGCACAAGUGAUUCUCAGUUAGAUUAUUCUAGACACUCUUCUGUGGACUAUAGAAAGUUGUAUCUGCAGGUGUUGCAAGAGAAUGGAGAUCUAAAAGAGAAACUGCAGGAAACUCAACUGCAGCUAAAUGAGAGUAAAGUUCAUCUGGAAAAACUCAAACAGAAUCAAGAGAAUGGAUCAGACAGACCAGCCCUACUAGAGCUGGAGAGAUUUGAAAAGAAACUUCUUCAGCGGAGAGCCUCUGAGUUAGAAGAUGAACUCAAAGUGCUUGUGGAUUUGCGUGCUGAUAACCAGAGACUGAAGGAUGAAAAUGCCGCUCUCAUUCGUGUCAUUAGUAAGCUGUCGAAAUGAACCUUUGGGCUUUUUGCAUUGUUUUCCUGAAUUCCUUGGAAAACUUGCUGUGCCACUGUCUGCCCAAAGAACUGCACAGCAUUUUUCUUUCUCUCUCUCAUCUCUGGGACAUAUGCCUCUGCUUGGGGUGGUUGAACUACUGUUCUUCAAAUUGAUAUGUACAUAUGUAUGGCCUUGUCUAGCUGCCACUCUAGAUCCAUCAAAACUGGAAUUUUCAACGACUCUAGAACUCAAGUCCAUCUGCUGUUCAGCUGCUCUAGAUUGUGGUUUUGAUCUGAUUCAGGGGUGCCCUUAUGUCUUUUGUAAUGUUAUUGAUUUCUUUUGCGCAAUGUGCUUGCUGCUUUUCAUUAAUAGCACAGAUUAAGAUCAUAGCUUUAAUGUUUCUUAGAAUUCUGCAGACUAGCCAUCUCACUAAUUUAGCUCACACCCUUAUUGUACCCUUAUUACACUGGGCUGCACUGAUGACAAUGUUAUUAAUACUUUGAAGUUUCAGUUCAGGUUUACUGUUCAGUUUCGCUUAAAGACAUCUACCAUUGCAAAAUCUUUGCCUUUCAGCAGGUACCUCUAGAAACCUGCAAAGAUAGAUAAAUCAAGAGUUUAUGAUAUACAGAAUAUAGAAUAGAAUAUAGUUCAUUAAUAACAAAAAUGAUAUAUUACAGAUCAUAGAUCUGUAAUGUUAACAGAUCAGAUUAAUGUACAUUGAAAUAGAAAUUAAAUUUUAAUUUAUAUAUUUUCAUAUGCAUUCAUGUUUUGAAUGUACUUAAAGUACUGAUCUGUUAAGCAUGAUCUAAUAUUUGUUAAAGGCUUAUUACUGAAAUUGCAGUGUUAUCAAACAAAACAAAUGUUUAAACUGAGCUUUUUAAUGUCAUGGCAAAGUUAGCUUGCCAAUGCCAUCAUCAUUUUAGCUUAAAAAAUUAUUUUAAUAUUUCUUGUAAUGGUAAAAGAAAAAAAAAAAUGUGCCAAACAGUAACGACAUUGCUCAGGGGUCUCUUGUGAGACAGUAGAAGAUCUUGGGGUUGUGUGUCUUUUUCUCAAUAUGUAUCUGGAUUAACACUGUACUUUAGCUGACUACUGUUCUUUGGACCAAACAGGCAUUAGUAUGAAUCUAUUUCUCUAUUAUUGCAUAUUUAUGAAUAUAUUAUGUAUGGUGAAUUUUGAUGCUGUUGUGUUCUGCCAGUGGUGUAAUCUCUUUUUACUAGGAAGAGACACAAAGUGUUUUGUACUGUGACUAUGAGUUUUGUCCUAAACCAAACUGGCGCCAUAGGUCAAAGCUUUUUAAAGUUUACCACUGUUUAUUUGUGUUUUUCCCUAAAAUUAUUGCUUUCAGAAUUUAAGCAUUUGUUCAUCCAGCAAGUGUAUUUUGCCAAAAAUGUGCCUUAUAUAUAUCUGUUGCUUUGUUAAAAAGGAUGGAGUCAGUUACUUUCUCUGACCAAUAAAUAUCAAUGCAAAUGGUUGUGUAACAACCAUUAAA